AUGGCAGCCAUCCUUGGACGGCGAUUGUUGGUAAAUGACUACACUUCGGCUUUCGAAGCCUUGCCAGAUGAGACGAAAGCUGCAGCUAAGCAGCAGUUGCUUAUGGGUAUUGUCCAUGAAACAGAAAACCUUAUGCGCAAAAAGAUAGCUGAUCUUACGGCUGAGCUGGCGAGGAUGCAAUACGAUGACGAUGGCAAUUCCGAAUGGCCUGAGUUCCUACAGUUUCUCCUCGAGUGUUCCAAUUCUAAUGAUGUUGGUCUGCGAGAAAUCGCAUGUCACUUGUUUGCGGCUGUUCCAAGUGUUUUUGGUAAUCAGCAAGCAAGUAGCCUUCCGAUUAUCGGUCAGUUCUUGGGCCGGGCAAUUGCCGAUCCAUCGCACUAUGAAUUGCGCGCAUCUGGUGUUCGUGCUCUGGCUGCUUUCAUCGCACAAAAUGCAACAGAAACUUCUGUUCUUCAAGCGUUGAAGGAGCUUGUUCCAAUGACACUUCAAACUAUAUCCAAUGCAAUCGAAGCGGAUCCCGACGAUGAUGUCAUGCUUAAGGCACUUGUAGACAUUGCGGAUGCAGCAUGCAAAUACCUUCGUCCAUAUCUCAAUGCGGUGUUGGAGUUAUGUUAUAAAAUUGUGAGGAAUGAGGAACUGGCAGAACCGCAGCGACAUCUCUCUUUGGAAGUGAUCGUCACGCUUGCCGAGAAUCUCCCAGCCGGUGUUCGUAAAUCUGCUCCCAUUGUGGAGUCACUUGUUGGCACCCUGUUAAAGAUGAUGACGGAGAUGGAAGAAGAGAGUGAUUGGAACGAAGCGGACACGAUGGAAGAAGAGGACGAUAGCAGUAACGCUCUAACCGCCGAACUUGCUCUUGAUCGAUUAUCCUGCGCGCUUGGUGGUCAACAUGUACUCAGUGAGAUAAUCCGCACAGUCCCAGGAAUGCUACAGAACGGUGAUUGGAAACAAAGGUACGCUGGCCUCAUGGCCAUUUCUGCCUGCAGCGAGGGGAGCAGCAAACUGAUGGAAACUAUGUUGGGUUCUGUUUUGGAGGCGGUUGUUCCCAGGUUGGCCGACGCACACCCUCGUGUGCGGUACGCAGCGUGUAAUUCCGUAGGCCAAAUGGCUUCAGAUUUUGGCCCCAAGCUACAGAAGAACCACCACAGUAUUGUACUACCUGCACUUGUUCAGGUACUGGACGAUACUGUACCACGCGUGCAGGCCAAUGCAGGAGCAGCUUUAGUCAACUUUUGCGAAAAGGUUCCUCAGCAUAUAUUGGCAAACUAUCUGGAGGGUUUGGUUGCAAAACUGGAACAGAUCAUGAAUGCCAAAUUUCAAGAGAUGGUACAACAUGGGCGAAAGCUGGUUCUGAUGCAGAUUGUCACCACAGUGGCUUCCGUAGCAGAUGCUGCCGAGAAACGAUUUACACCCUAUUACGACAGAUUCAUGCCAAUCUUGAAGUACAUAAUGGAAAAUGCUGUUCACAAGGAUUUACGUCUCCUUCGAGGAAAGACUAUCGAAUGUAUCAGUUUGAUCGGGUUGGCAGUUGGAAAAGAGAAGUUCAUGAAUGAUGUUGGACCAGUAAUGAAUCUUUUAAUGGCCACGCAAACACAGAAUGAAACGGAUGCUGCUGGAGAUGAUGAUGAUUCUCAGGCGUCACAUAUGAUCAGCGCAUGGGCACGCAUCUGCAAAUUAUUGGGUCGCGAUUUUGAGAGUUAUUUGCCCAUCGUCAUGCCCCAAGUACUCAAAUCGGCCUGCAUCAAACCUGAGAUAUGUAUUCUUGACAACGACGAAGCAGAUACUGUGGAGUCCGAUUUGGAUUGGCAGGUAGUAAAGUUGGGUGAAGAUCGCAAUUAUGCCAUCCGAACCAGCGGAUUAGAAGACAAAGCUACUGCAUGUCAAAUGUUGGUUUGUUAUGCACGCGAAAUGAAAGAAAGCUUCGCUCCGUAUUGUGAACAAGUACUGGAUANUAUUCUUGACAACGACGAAGCAGAUACUGUGGAGUCCGAUUUGGAUUGGCAGGUAGUAAAGUUGGGUGAAGAUCGCAAUUAUGCCAUCCGAACCAGCGGAUUCGAAGACAAAGCUACUGCAUGUCAAAUGUUGGUUUGUUAUGCACGCGAAAUGGAAGAAAGCUUCGCUCCGUAUUGUGAACAAGUACUGGAUAUCAUGGUGCCCCUAUUGGACUUCUACUUCAACGACGAGGUUCGCAGCGCCGCAGCUGAGUGCUUGCCUUAUCUCCUGGGAAGCCUCAAAGCACGCCAACCGGAUGCUGUCGUUGUCGCCUGGUUCCGGGUUCAUAAAGCACUUCUGCGUGCGAUCACAAACGAACCAGAACGGGAAGUGGUCGCCGAACAUUUACUUGCACUCUCCGGCUGUAUUGAAGCGGUUGGAAAGGAGUACAUCACAAAUGAGCAACUUACUGAUAUCCGUGAGCUACUGGAUCAUCUGUUCCAUGAGCAUUUUGAGAAGAGCGAUGAACGAGUUGCAAAGCGUAAUGAUGAAGACUUUGACGAAUAUGAGGAGGAACGUUUAAUGACUGAAAAAGACGAAGACGAAUACGUGUUGUCAAAGAUGUGCGAUGUUGUUCAUGCAGUCUUCGUGACGUUCGGCGAAGAGGCACUGCCAUUCUUCCAACAGCUGAUUGUCUUCUGUGUGAAAUUGCUUUUCAUGAAGCACCGUCCCGAAUGUCUGCCUCAAGGGGCAGCUGGAGUAGUUGCGUUGAUUCCACGUUGGCUCAACUGGCUUCCAAUUUGGGAUGAUGCUGUUGAAACAGAGCACGUAUAUGGAUAUUUGUGCGACCUAAUCGAAGCAAAUGUCCCAGCCCUGUUGGGACCUGAUAAUGCCAACUUGCCACGAAUCGUGAAGGCGAUUGCCGAGGCCAUGGCUACCGGUGGCUUAUCAGAUACAUCGAACUCCGAGAACCAGCCCAAAAGUACCACGGCAUCCGGGGACAACCCCACUUCCCAGCAGAAUGGUUUGUCCGCCGGUUCCAAACUAUCCGCUUAUCAACGAUGCGUUUUCAUUUUGCGUCAUGUGCAGUCCAAUUCAUCGUUGGUCGAAGCUUGUGUGAACCAACUCAACGAGGAUCAACGCGAAGCUGUCAACAAAGCUCUGAUGGGACGAUAA